GUAAAACUGCUUUGUUUAGAUCUUUGAAAUUACCACAUAUAUAUUAUUGUAAGCUUAGAGAAUCAAAACAAUGGAAUAAUAAUGUGAAAUAUGUGAUACUUGAUGAUAUUGAUUUUUUUAAAUAUAACACAUAUUCAAAAACCAUUAAAAAUAAAGGUUCAAAACCUUGUGUGGUUUUGUUAAAUGAAUCAGGGAACCCAUAUCCAAUCAAAGAUGAAAUUUUUCAAAAAGAAUUACGACAAAAUUGUUUGAUAAUUAAUAUAGGAAAUUUCGAUUUACGAAAAAAGGAUGAGGAUGGAAAUUUAACAAAUGAAUCUUUGCGUUAUGGUGGAAGUGUGGCUAUUAGUUAUAUAGAUAAGGAUGGGGAUGAAAAAGAAUUGGUGUUAACUUUGAAGGAUUUUGAAUAUAAUAAAAUGUUAAAUUAUGAAAAUGGUAGUAAUGGGAAAUGUAGAAUGAGUUAUGAGGAAAAUGAAAGAGAGAGUGAAAAUAUAAAACGUGCCAGAUUUGAUGAAUCUGGAAUUUUUUCUGAUGAAAGUGUAGUUGAUGAUUGGUAUAAAGCUGUAUUAGAAUUAUCAAAAAAGAAUCCUGGUAAGGUUAAAUAUUCUAUUGAGAAGGUAUCUCGGGAAUGGUAUACAUUACCUCAUUCAGAUCAUAUUAUUCAUGUAACUCGAAAUGCUCCUGAAAAUGAAUUAAAACAAUUUAAAAGAAAGUGUUUUUGGUUAUUAAUGGAUGAUAUAGGGGGUAGACAUAUACCUUUAAUUAAUAAUUUUGGAGAAAGUGGAGGAGGUAAUUUAACUGGUAAUCCAAAUAAUCCAGGAUCAAAUUUAGGUACUGGAAAUACACCUGGUAAUCCUGGUUCAAAUGUAGGUGGAGGAACUGGUAAUAAUCCUACUAGAGGAAGUUCGAAUACUGGAGGAACCAAUCCUACAGGUGAAACUGGUAAUAAUAAUCCAACUGGUAAUUCUGGAUCUGGUUUAACUCAAAAACAAAAAUUAGCUUUGGACGAAAUAUUUAAAAAUCUUCAAAUGCAAAAAACAGAUAAUGAUGAUCAAGAUCUUAAAGAACUUAGAAAAGUUUCAAAACAUCUUGCAGAUUUACUUAAUAUGGAAAAUGUUAAUAAAAAAUAA